AUGGCUUUUGUUGGACUUGGUGUAACACGAAAUGAGGUGGAUAGUUUGUACGAGGAGAAAUUAGGAGACAGUGAAGAAGUGAUAACCGCUUUGGAGCAUCGAGCUGCUCAAGAGAACCAGAUUUUUCCUUUGAAAGAAAAAGUUGACACGGUUUUAUAUGAGCUGAAAUCUGCAGCUAAGGCUUACGUUGCUUGGGAACCUUCUAAGGUAUAGCAUAGUUUCUUCUUUAAGACACCAAUUAAGUUAUUUAGAGUUCCGAAAUCAGCUAACUGAGCUUAAUGUACACCAUGAUUAUAAACGUGCGAGACCAUUUUUGUGUCACUCUAAAAUUUGACCGAGUUUUAAAAUUGUGAUCAAAUGAACUACUUGAACUGGAUUUAAGCCCAUUUCUCAUAUGUUUUCCUAAAUAUUCUUGAACUUGUUCCAGCUAGCAUUUCCUCGAAUUGCUUUGAUUUUUGAAAUUGUAGGGUCAAUUGUCCGGUACCACCCUACCCUCUGUCUUGUACGCGAAUGUCAGCGAUAAAGAUCAGCUAUUGGAGAAAAACGAUAUGAAGGCUCUCGCUAUUAUAAUUUCAACAGCAUUUUUAACUGCAUCAGUCGAACUACUACUAUAGGAAAAUGAGCAUCUUCCAGACCAGGAAAGCCUCUUGUGAUGAACAUUCCAAGUUCCUGAUCGAUUUUGAAAACCAUUAAACAUGUGUCCAGGUCUGACAUGUCAUACUUUAAUUUAAAAAGAACAAUAAAACAGUUUACUCAUAUUUCUCAACAGAUAUGUUAUGAAGAAACAAUAACAUACAUAUGCUGUGAUGAAACCAACUCGUUUGCCCUAUGGAAAACGAGAAUUUGGGAAUCGUUAGUUGAGAGAAUUGAUUUUCUCUAUGUUUCGGGAAAUCAUAUAGAACUGCGUGACGAGACUCGUGGCAAGAUUUGCGGAUCAAUAAUGAUGACAACAGCAGCAAUGAAGUAUCAGUCAGCAUUUUCAACAUUUAAUCUCCAGGCGGUGAGAUCAAGGCCGCAAGAACGGUUGGUGGAGUCUCUCAAGCAAGGCUUGGACAUCUGGAUGCUGUCAAAUCCAAGUAAGGGGAAUAUAUUGCUAUUAUAUAUUGCAAAGAAAUGCCGCUGUGGGCAAUACCACAGCAGUAUCUUGUAAGAAACUAUGAUCAACCUAUUCUAACGCGUAGCAAUUAUACAUGUAUGGUGAAAUAUAAAUAAAAAGGGUUUUUUGUUUUCUUAAACAUUUCUCCCAAAAGGAUAAACAUUGACACUGACUAUAGCAUUUACCGACGCGUUACAGUUAUCAAAACUCAUCAACAGAAGGCAUAAUAAAAAUUGACAUCCUUGGGGCAGGCGCGGAUGAAUUUUGUAUGCAAUCAAUGGGACAUCAUUGAAUAAAUUGUUAUCAGAGCAAGUGUCGAAUCUUCAAUAUUUUCAACUUUUACAAUAUAUGCCGGAUUUUGCUUUUGACUUUUACGGCUUUACUGAAAUUGUUCGGCAUUUCAUGGCUAUUUAAGAAAUGUCGAGAUUUUGUUGACAACUCACUCGAUUCAAUAAUAGUUGAAGGGUCUUGUAGAUGGAAAUAUCGAGAUUAUUAUAGAUUUAUUAGAUUUAGACCUAACGAGGAACAGCUGCGAAAAAUGCAACUAUAGGGCAUGGCAGGAAUCGAACCUGAGGCUCUGCGAUUCCGGUGCAGAAAGCCUACAAUAGCUUUCUCCUGCACGCAGGAUUCAGUAAUAUUUAACAAAUAUAAAACAUUUUCCGUGUUGAUAUACAGUUAUAUCAACACGAGUGGAAUUGGGAAAACGAGAAAUUGUAUGGAAACAAGACGCCCGAAGGGCGGAGUGUUUUCACACAAUUUCGAGUUUUCCCCACUUCCACGAGUAUUGAUAUAACUAUAUAUCAAUACGGAAAAAAUGUUUUAUAUUUUUUUAUAAUAUAGCAAUGUCAAAAGCCUGAAGGAUAAGAAAAAUUUCCGUGUUUACAAGCGGCGGAAAAUUUCCCGUGUUGACAUUGAGUUAUAUCAACACGGCUCUUAGCCAAUCAGCGUUCAGAAUUUACAAAUGCUAUAUUAUAAUGAAUAUUAAGAGCACGCUAUUCUGGACCAAUAUUGAAACCAUUAAUUGCGCUAUUCAUUCAGUGAAGGCACAGAUUCUUUGAACGAUGCUGCCGUCUUAGGUUGUGGUGUCCAUUGCUCCGUCAUAACAUUAAUAGCAUCGUUCAAAGAUUCUGAAGUAAUUAAGUCUAUUAAAUUCCGACAAUACUGUAAUCAGUCAAUUUCUCUAAUCCACAUCUAGGUUCCUCAAAACUGGUGAAAAGUACUCUAUGGUUAGAUUCCGAAGAAACAGUAUUUAGUUUUGAAUAUGAAUCGCUUGUACGUCGAAAUACACACAAGAUUUUUGUCAAAGGUAAAGGAGUACGAAUAAAUUUCAGUAACCAUUGGGCAGCUAGUAAGCUUAUCUAGGGGGCUUAUUUUAUUGUAUGUCCUCCGGGUUAAUCUGGAUUAAUCAACUCAGUUGACCUCAUUUAUUUACUUUGCUUACAAAAUUUAAAAAAUAACCAUAGGCGUACGAAUGCUUUCCGGGGAGGCAGUUGAAAGUUUGCCCGAGGAAUUUUUUGGAAGAUUGAAAUGAAAUAACUCGAAUUUAACAUAAUUACUGAUAAAUCUGCCCAACAUUUCCCAGCAUUUCCCAAAUCCCCAUGGGUUUCCAAAGUAUUUGGGCGGGGGCAGGUGAUCCCCUUGCCCCUCCCCUGUCUCGUACACCUUUGAAAAUACCUCAUUCGUAUGCUAACAGUUUCACAAUAAAUCCAGGGGCGCAGCUUGAGUCGAACUAUUAGAGGUGCGUCGGUUCGUUUUGCCGGCGAAAACAAAAACAUUUACGAGGAUCGCCUGGGGUAGAACGGUUGGCACAAGUAUCGUGUGCGCAAGACCCAUAGAUGGUAUUAGGAGAGCAUGCCUCCAGAAAGGUUUCAUGAAAUUUGGGGUCGCACAGAAUUCUGAUGGUCAUAAAAUGAUGUAUAUUAUACUUGGAAAUCAGUUUUAAAUUUCCUGAUUUAGUUUUGCCCCCCGCAGUGAAAAUUCCUUAAAAAAAGCACUGCUUUAUGUCGAAGUUUAAGUGAGAAUUAUAGAAGUUUUAAACCUUUUAUUGAGUGAUUCAAACUAUUUACAACACGUAGCACCUCCACAAGAGUUGCCUACAAUGACUGGCAGGAAAGUAAACAAGAUACAUGAAUUUAUUAAGAACCUGAGUUACAAUCGUUAGAAACAUUGGGUAAACUAUCCCAGAGUUUGUCAGGUUGGAUGGCAAGAUUAGGGAUUUGCUGAUUUAUUGAAAGCUCUAGAAUACACGCGGUAGAAAGUUCAACCGAACAUAACCCUAGUCCCCCAUACAACCGCAACUACUCGUUCUUCCUCAACACCAAAGGAUUCCUCAACACCAAAGGGUUGCGUUUACUGUGAUGAUGAACAGCACAAGUCGUAUGAAUGUAAGACGGUUGCUACACCAACUGAGCGUAAACGAAAGUUACAAGCAAAGAAGUUAUGUUUUAAUUGUACGGGUGGCAGACACCAUGCAGCACAGUCUCGUUUGACGAAGUCGACUUACCUGUUUUCACUGCAAGAAAAAAACAUAUCAUCAUUCGUCAAUUUGUGACACUUUAGAGAAACCUCCACCCAACCAAAUUCCAGGACAAGCAGCUAUGACAGCAACACACGAAGAGCAAAAGGUUCGUCACCCCAUUGUUAUUGUCAAAGCAAAUGGCAUUACCUGUAGAGCACUAUUGGACACUGGAGCUACGACAUAA